GUGGACCUCUACGACUCUGGGGCGACACACCACAUGUCUCCGUUCCGUGAACACUUCGAGACGUUCACGGAGACUCCUGCGCGGUCGCUCAAUGCCGCAAACCAGCAACAAUUCCACGCCACGGGCAUCGGGAGCAUGGUGAUACCUGUCCCGAAUGCGCCGUCCGAGGACACCCGUAUUCGCCUG